CCUCCUCCUCUUCCUCCUCCUCUAAGCGCUGCGCGGCUCGCAGCCUGCCCGCUGCCCCGCUGAGCCAGGACAUCCCCGGCCCCGGCCGGUCCUUCUCUCCCCCCUUCCCGGGCAGCCCCCUGCCUCCGACACCCCCGGGGUCCGGGCAGGGGGGGCGCAGAAGCCGAGCUGGGGGGGGGGAGGGGGGAGGAGCCACCGCACCCCGACCCGCCGCUCCAUCCCCGGAGGACUUCCUGGAGGAGGCGCCCGCGGCCGGACACAAGUUAAGAAGUCGAUGCCGCCCGCGCCGGAGAGACCCUGGGUCAAGAGUGACAUCCUUCAGUAAAUGACGAGCUAAGUCCUGAGCGAUGCCUUCCCCAUAGCCUCCCGGGGCUCCUCACCUGGGAGGAGCUCUCCGAGGGUCACUCCACCUCUCCCCAUGGACAAAGGACACAGGUGGUCCCGCUAUUUCUGGGAACUUCUCCACUGCAUGAGAAUGAGGAGCAAAUAUGCCAUUCUCCUGGUUGUGGUAGUAGCAUUUGUCAUCAUUGAGAAGGAAAACAACAUCAUAUCAAGAGUCUCGGACAAGCUGAAGCAGGUCCCCCAGCCCCUGGCGGAUGCCAACGGCACCGACCCGGUCCUGGCCCUCCCAGAGAAUGGAUCCCUCCUGUCCCUCAGCGAGCUGGACUCUGCCUUCUCCCAGAUUCAGCAGCAACUCCGCAACGUGAGCCUGCAGCUGGGCGGCGAGGCCGGGGGUCCGACCCCGGGGCCCCGGCGCCACGUGCUCCUCAUGGCCACCACGCGGACGGGCUCCUCCUUCGUGGGCGAGUUCUUCAACCAGCAGGGCAACAUCUUCUACCUCUUCGAGCCGCUGUGGCACAUCGAGCGCACGGUGACCUUCGAGCCCGGAGGCGCCAACGCGGCCGGCUCAGCCCUGGUCUACCGGGACGUCCUGAAGCAGCUGUUCCUCUGCGACCUGUCCGUGCUGGAGCCCUUCAUCGCCCCGCCGCCCGAGGACCACCUGACCCAGUUCCUGUUCCGCCGGGGGUCCAGCCGCUCCCUCUGUGAGGAUCCCGUCUGCACGCCCUUCGUCAAGAAGGUCUUCGAGAAGUACCACUGCAGGGACCGCCGCUGCGGCCCCCUCAACCUGACCCUGGCGGCCGAAGCCUGCCGCCGCAAGGAACACAUGGCGCUCAAGGCCGUGCGCGUCCGACAGCUGGACUUCCUGCGGCCCCUGGUGGAGGACCCCCGCCUGGACCUGCGCAUCAUCCAGCUGGUGCGGGACCCCCGGGCGGUGCUCGCCUCGCGCAUGGUGGCCUUCGCGGGCAAGUACGAGACCUGGAAGAGGUGGGCGGCGGAGGGGGAGGCCCGCCUGCGGGAGGACGAGGUGCAGAGGCUGCGGGGCAACUGCGAGAGCAUCCGGCUUUCGGCCGAGCUGGGCCUGAGCCGGCCGGCCUGGCUACGCGGCCGCUACAUGCUGGUGCGCUACGAGGACGUGGCCCGCCAGCCGCUACAGUGGGUGCGGGAGAUGUACCGCUUUGCCGGAAUCGCCCUCACACCCCAAGUGGAGGACUGGAUCGUGCGGAACACACAGGCCGCCAGGGACGGCAGCGGCAUCUACUCCACCCAGAAGAACUCCUCCGAGCAGUUCGAGAAGUGGCGCUUCGGCAUCCCCUUCAAGCUGGCCCAGGUGGUGCAGAGCGCGUGUGGGCCGGCCAUGCGCCUCUUCGGCUACAAGCUGGCUCUGGCCCCGGCCACCCUCACCAACCGCUCUGUCAGCUUGCUGGAGGAGCGGGGCACCUUCUGGGUUACGUAGUGGAGUGGUGAGGAUGGAUGGAGGGAAGGGGGACAGGGGAGUAGGAAGGAAGGACUGGAGGGGAGACCCCCCAAAGCGAUCCCCUUAAAAAUACAACUCCCCACCAUCCCCCUGACCUCCUCUCUGAGGGUGCGGUAGCCUGGAGACAAGGGAAGAAAAUCCAAACUGCAAGGAUAAGGAGAUAGUGGGUCGCUAGGCAAGAAGAGGUUAGUGCAGGGUGACAUCCUUUUCCUCUAUAGCAGUGUAGCUGGGGUCACACCCGCCCCCGUCCUCCCCCCCCCGACCCCAACACACACAACACACACACACUAGGCUCCCCAGUGUCUUGCAAGGGGACAAAUGUGGCCAUUGCAGACACCAACUUGACAGGGCAGAGUGAGACCCUCCCCCAUCCCUCUCCCCCAACAAAUCAGGGCUGGUGUGGGCCUGCCUAUAACUGUUUCAACUCCACAGGGUCUUCCCCUACUCCCCAAAUCUCUGUGCCUUUCCAAGCUCAUGGUUUUUCUGCACUAAACCUCCCACAAGAAUUCCCUCCCCAACCCUGCUGCCCAAGCUGAACCCUAGAUGACCCAAAGUGGAUGAAAUGCCUGGAAUUGUCCCAUGCUCAUUUGAGACCACCCUGAGGGUCUCUGGAAAGUUGAAUCAGAAGCCAUAAGACAAUCCAACCUCCAGAGAUGACUACCUUUAAUCUGACUGCCUGCCGCCUCCCUCGGUGGCCAACCAACCGAUCCCAGGCUGGUAUCAUAUGGGCCUUUCCCCGAAGCCUCUAGCCUGUGCCAAACCUAGAGAGCAUCUUCCUCCUCCAGAGCCCCCUCAGAUUUGGCUCUGUGAGGAACUUUAGGCAGCUGGGCCCCAGAGAGACAGAUGAAGGCUUCCUCAGUCCAGGAAGAAGCCCACAGGAUCAUCCGGAGAGGACCCCCACCCCGCCCAACACCCCCAUACACACACAGUCCUUCACCCCUGAGACCUAAUCCCAGUCCUUAUCCAUCCUCCUCUCUCCCUCCCCUGCCCCAGGCCCCAUGCUGCAGGCUGGCUGAAUACUAGUUUCUAUGGCAACCUCUUUACUCCCCUCCUUCCAGUGCCUGCUUCCAGCACCUCCAGCAAAACUUCUUUAUGGCUGGAGAAUAAUUUAUGGCAUUUUUUUUCUCUUGUUGUUGUUCUGCUUUUAUCUCAGCAGGAGCCCUGACUCAAAGGGGGGAAGGGGGAGGACUUUAAGGGCAGUGUAUGUGGCCAGAGGCGACCAGCUUGUUCAGGAAAAAGAAGGGGGAGUUAACCCAAGCAGAGCUGCCCUGGGAACCAGAGACAGGGCAGACGGAGGCUGGAAUACACUCUCCUCUGCCUCAGUUUGGGUUCGAUAGAACUAGUUUCAUUCCACCCCCGAAGUACCCCAUCCUUUCCCUUUUUGCCUCCCCAAUUUCCUAGAAAUCUACCCUGGUCUCAAGCUCAGCAGAAAGUCCAAGAAAUUCUUCCUAGCCAGUCCUAGACCCAGAAAAUACCACCCAGGUAUUUAUUCAUUCAUUCAUUUCAAUCAUAUUUAUUGAGCGCUUACUGAGUGCAGAGCAGUGUACUGAGUGCUUGGGAGAAUACAAUAUAACAAUAAACAGACACAUUCCCUACCCACGAGGUACUCACUUGUGUGGGGAAGCAGCAACCCACCAAUGCAGCUGAGAGCAGUUUGUGCAGCAUGCCCAGUAGAGGCCUAAAAUCAGCUGUAACUGUCCUGUUUGACACCCAAGACCCAUGUCCCCCACCUUACCUCCCUUCCUACCUGCCAUCCUCCCCUCCCUCUUCAUCCCCUCCCCCCACACCUGCACGGCAUGAUCUCCAGGCUAGGCCCAGAGCAGAUAAGUUCUUGAUUAGAAACAGUAGUGUCACCUUGAGAGGAAGAGAGAGACAAAGAGUAGGAGGGGAGGUUUAUUUUUGAAGGUACCUGGGUCCUCAUGGAGCUUGCGAGCUGUUACCUGAUGCACUAUAUAAGACUGUAUUUUUUUAAGAAACUGAAGUUCUCUACUACAUUGUUUCCAUUGCAGAUUGACGUUCUUUCAUUUGAGGAUGUCAUGGCACCCCAGAUAUGGGGGGCGUGAAGAGUUGGGCCAGGUUUGUCUAAAGUAUGAAAACUUUCGGUCCAAAGAUGUAAGUCAUUGAGCCGGGAAGCUUGCCUGUAUUUGCUCCCCACGUCCAAGAUUCAGGGGUCGUCUCGGAGUCGUGUCUGGCAGGCCCAGGAAUGCUCGAACUCAAAAGGGAAAUGGUGCCCCUUGAGGAAUUCUUCCCCAGGAGAUGCCCGGGCUAUAGCAGCUCCAGCCAGCACCAUUCUGACCAUGGCACCAAGGGGUGGCAGGCUGGUCCCUGGCCCCUUUUUCCCUCUUUUGCUGUUGCCUACUUUCUCCAUGGAUACAGUUUAUGUGUCUGCUUCUAGAAGUCCCAAGGGCUGUAGCCCCUUCCUUGGGCCUUUUGGAGAAGUAAUGUUACCUCUUAAAAAAAAUUGUAAAUGAGGGGAAUUAACUUAUUUAUUUUAUGAAGAGAAAAUUUUUAUUUGCAGGGAUUCAAAGCUGUACCAAAAACAAAGACGUGAAAAAAGAGGUAAAAAUAAAAGCAAAGCCAAUAAUU